CCUCUAAACCACUUAUUGGAAAAUAUUUGAAAUAAUCCGCUGCGAUGGCCACCAUUGCAGUGGUUUCGGGCGAGAAUGCGUCGGCAAACGUCCAAGACACCGACUCCAAAUUGACCUUCAACGUCGGCACCAGAAAAUCCAAACUGGCCCUAGUCCAGACAGAUAUUGUGGUGAAGGCUCUGGCAGCGGCAUGUCCCGAUAAUGUGUACGCCAUAAAGGCACGAGAUACAGCCGCAGGAGACAUCGACAAAGUGACCCCCUUCAAAGACAUGCCUGUGAAGAAUUUGUGGACUCACGAACUCGAGGUCCUGAUGCUCGAGGGACAACUGGAUUUUCUGGUGCAUUCGCUAAAAGAUGUGCCCACUCAACUGCCAUCUGGCUGUGAAAUAGGUGUCGUUGUGGCUCGGGAGGAUCCAAGGGAUGCCUUUGUGAUCAAAGCUGGGCGCAAACCAUGCAACAUCGAAGACCUACCGGCGGGAGCAGUUGUCGGUACUUCUUCUAUGCGACGGACUGCCCAGAUCGCCCUGAGAUAUCCUCACCUAAGGGUUGUUGACGUGAGAGGGAAUGUCGGUACCAGAUUGUCGAAGCUUGAUGCCGAGGAUGGCCCUUUUGACGCUGUGAUUCUUGCAGCUGCUGGUCUGAUUCGACUUGAUCUACGCCAUCGUAUCACUCAAUACCUCGACUCGAAGAGUGGGGGCAUGCUAUACGCCGUUGGACAAGGAGCCAUCGGGGUUGAAAACCGAUCAUCAGACGAACGAGUCCAAAAUAUGCUCAGUACCAUAGAUCAUUCCGAAACCCACCUCGCAACAGCUACCGAACGGAGCUUACUGAGGACACUAGAGGGUGGUUGUAGCGCUCCUUUGGGCGUUGAGACCACAUGGCAUGACAAAGGACAUAAUCAGAAGGCUCUUCAGCUGAAGGCCGUUGUCAUCAGCACGGACGGAAAGGAAAAGUCAGAGAUUGACAUGACGGAAGUUGUUCAGAGCAAGGAAGAUGCUGAAUUAUUUGGCGUCAAUGCCGCGUCGGAAUUGUUGAGACAGGGUGCAGAUAAAAUUUUGGCGGAGAUCAAGGCAAAGAGGCCGACAACCGUGGCCGAUCUUGAAGAGAAAUGAACUCGCCAUCGUCGUUGCGGAGUGGCCCUCCAAUAUUUCGCAACGAAAAGUACCUUUUGAGAUGCAAAGACACGGUUACUUCGAACGCGUAAAGCAAGCGGCCUGGACGAUUGCAUAUCCUUUCACCCUCUAUUUAGAGUAUUGCCAGCACCCUUGGGGUUGGCUUCGACAAAUUCAUCCCACUCUCGAGCUUUCAUAGUGGCAGCAUCAAUUUGCUCCAUAUUGUCCUCAUCAGGCUCUGGCUGAGGCGCAUUGGCAUUGCCACCUCCGUCGAUAAUCCCUCCUCUACGUUGUUCCUCUUCAAGAUACUCGUCGAUACUCAUUGUGGGAAGGCUGUGACUAGGUCGAAAGACUCCCUGUCGAAGUUGAGUGCGUUUGUCUGUCAGGGUGAAAGGCUGGAGCGGUUUGCCACUUGAACUGAGCAGAGGCCCGCCUCUUUUACCCAGUCCUCCCAUGGUAGCAGGACCAUCUAGACGUUCAGAAUAGCCUUGGGACCUAGCAGGCUCUCUCU